AUGGCUGCAGUCUCCUCCCUGCCUCCUCGGUUCAUUGCUGCUUUCCUUAUACACUGCUUUUUCAAACAUGCAGUGACGAAUUACUUUUACGUUGACCGGGAUUGGCUUUUAGCUAAGGUUGAGAUUGCCUACUCAACCCCUGCAUCCCUUGGCCGAAGUGACGCCGGUACAAUGUGCAUGAUUUUUGGUAUCUUUGCCAUCGGAACGCACUAUGCUCACUUGGAAGCAACGAACGAUGACACCGAGGGAAUUUCGACAAAUAACCAGGCAAACCCAGGACCGUUCACAGGGGAAACUGCCAGUCUGGCAUUUUAUCAUCAAGCUUGUCGCGUAUUGCCCAAUGUCAUCACGAUAGCAUCCCUAGAAAGCGUCCAAGCCUGCUUGAUUCUGGGUGUAUUCACUUUGCCUUUUGAUGCAUCUGGAUUAGCUUGGACCUAUCUCGGACUUGCUGUCAAGCUUGCAGUUAUGAAUGGCAUGCACAGAAAAUGUUCCGAAGAUUGCUUUGAUCCGCAAACUAAGGAGAUGAGAAACCGGAUUUGGUGGUCUGUCUACAUUAUUGAAAGGCUAGUACACUGUUCCAUUACCAUCCAUCUUUUCACCUACAUCUCUCGAAGCGUGGACCGGUUGAGUCAGUUCCAAAGCGAGCUUGUAAUAUGGUGGGAAAGUCUGCCGAGUAUCUUAAUCCGACCAGAAAGCGCCUCGUUAUCCUUCUACAUCCGACCCAGCUCACACCUCAAACUCGAAUAUUGCCUCACGCGCAUGUUCAUUGGACGAUUCUUCAUCUUUCCAGACAAAUUUUCCAAACAGCAAUACCCGAGCCCAACUGAGAGGGAGGAGUCAAGUCCUCCCUCGUUCCCUACCAAGUCUGACACCUCAAACUCUCAUUUCAUCGCUGACUGUGUCGACGCUGCGCUCUCGGUAAUCGAGACAUGUCGCUUUCUACGAAACACAAUUGGCUUAGCACGCGCGUCUUAUACCGAGUUCAGCUCCUGUAGGGCUGCUCUAUUAGUUAUUACGACCCAGUGCUUCCAGGAGAAAGGACGCAGGUUUCGGAACAAUCUUAGGGAAGGCUUGACUAUGUUAAAAGAGAUGGCAGCCUGCUCUGAGCUGGCCCGUACCGAAGCAGCACUCAUAGAGGCUUUUGAACGAGUCAUUUCUCAGCUAGACGCUACGCAGAGCGGAAAUUCUACCAGUGACUCGGAAUUCAUGCAGUUUAAACGAUGGGAAAACACAUGGAGGGAGAAUUCGUCUGCUUUUGACCUCUUCAGCUCAGCUCGACAAGAAGACAUGGAUCAAAUUACGGGACCUAGAUGGCAGGACUGGUCGCGUGCUAGCCAUGCCACAUCUUUUAAUUCAAAUGAGCCUGGGCCUUCUACGAUGCCUUCUCAUCGGAGUGACACAGGCCCGGCUUACUUCCCACAGGCAUGCGAGGACUUAGCCGCGCUUUUGGGCUUUGGCUUCCCGUCAAACUUGGAUAUUUCAUCAAGUCAUUAG